ACUAAAAAGAGAGGAGCGCAAGGAGUGAGCGCAGCUGAGUGAGCAAACAGAAGUAGAAACAUUAGGUGAAUUUUGACACAAACGAACGUCGUUUUUGAAAGACUGUCACUUUUACUGCCCUGGAUCCAUCUUUCCAGCCUUGUAGAAUAACGCCCUUGUUUCCCGCCUGAAAACUCACACGGUCGUGUCAGCUGGCAUGAGCUAACCCACCAGACAUGGAAACCAAACCUUUCUUGUCAUUGGGGUUCCUGAAGCCCCAGUGCUCGCUGGCUCCGCCUCCCCAGCGAGGACGCUCGGGGGAGGCCUGCUCCUGUUUCACCGGCAUGUGUCACCUCCACCAGCGCCGGAUAUCUACAGAUUCAUCAGGCCAGGUGACCUCGUCUCCCCUGGGCUCUCCCACGUCCCACCGGGGCAUGCACCCAUCCCUGCUCAGCCCGUCCUCCAUGGGGCCCUCGGGCUCCCUGCACUCUCCCAUCAGCACCCUGAGUUCUCCCAUGAACGGCCUGGGCUCGCCAUUCUCUGUCAUCAGCUCCCCCAUGGGCCCACACUCCAUGUCCUCGCCCGGCAUGGGCUACGGCCCCAGUGUCAGCCCCCAGCUGAACUCCCCGAUGAACUCGGUCAGCAGCUCGGAGGACAUCAAGCCCCCGCUGGGUCUCAACGGGGUGAUGAAGGUGCCCGCCCAGCCCUCACAAGGGUGCAUGCCCCUCUCCCUCACCAAACACAUCUGUGCCAUCUGCGGGGACCGCUCGUCAGGUAAACACUAUGGAGUGUACAGCUGUGAGGGCUGUAAAGGCUUCUUCAAGAGGACAGUGAGGAAGGACCUGACCUACACCUGCCGAGACAACAAGGACUGUCUGAUCGACAAGCGCCAGCGCAACCGCUGCCAGUACUGUCGCUACCAGAAGUGUCUGGCCUGUGGAAUGAAGAGAGAAGCCGUCCAGGAGGAGCGCCAGCGGGCCAAAGAGCGCAGUGAGAACGAGGUGGAGUCCACCAGCAGCGUCAACGAGGACAUGCCCGUGGAGAAGGUCCUGGAGGCAGAGCUCGCUGUGGAACCCAAGACAGAGACCUACAUCGAGACCAACCUGGGCAUGCCAUCCAACUCGCCCAACGACCCAGUGACUAACAUCUGCCAAGCAGCCGACAAGCAGCUCUUCACGCUGGUGGAGUGGGCCAAGAGGAUCCCCCACUUCUCUGAGUUGCCCCUGGAUGACCAGGUCAUCCUCCUACGAGCAGGGUGGAACGAGCUCCUCAUCGCAUCCUUCUCGCACCGUUCGAUAGCGGUGAAAGAUGGGAUCCUCCUGGCAACAGGUCUCCACGUCCAUCGUAACAGCGCCCACAGUGCUGGAGUGGGAGCCAUCUUUGACAGAGUGCUCACAGAACUGGUAUCCAAGAUGAGAGACAUGCAGAUGGACAAGACAGAGCUGGGUUGCCUUCGGGCUAUCGUCCUCUUCAACCCAGACUCUAAAGGCUUGUCUAACCCAGGCGAGGUGGAGGCUUUGAGAGAGAAGGUCUACGCCUCUCUGGAGGCCUACUGCAAACAGAAAUACCCAGAUCAGCCUGGCAGGUUUGCCAAGCUGUUGCUGCGGUUACCAGCCCUGCGCUCCAUUGGUCUGAAGUGUCUGGAGCACCUGUUCUUUUUCAAGCUCAUCGGGGACACGCCCAUUGACACCUUCCUCAUGGAGAUGCUAGAGGCGCCCCACCAAAUGACAUAACUGCAGGCGGUGCGUCACCCGUGUUCCCCCCGCCCCCUCCACCCCUAACCCGCUGGACAGCGAGAGUGGUCCUGCAAACCAUUCCCCCUUGAGAGACUGACGUGUCUCCUCCCUUUCUACCCUCUUUGAUGUGUUUCAAAAAACAAGUUCAAUGUAUAUGGGUCUGUUUUAUAUAUUGUACAAAUAUAUAAAUAUAAAUAUAUAUAUAACUCAUGAGAGACAACGAUGGACUGGAGAUGAAACGGACCGAGAAGAAAAUAAGUGUUUGAGCCAUUGUUUUGUAAGGUGAAACAACAGCAGAGUAGACCAGGUGUAACAUGUAGCUGUCUGCAGGUGUAUCUCUAACAGUGCCGUCAUUGGAUGCACAGCAGCGUAGUAAUUGUGACAAUCGUGUUUUGGACUUGUUGAAAAGAGGCGGGGCUGCAUGGGCUGUCCCUGGCUCUGAUUGGAGCCGUCUCACUUUUAGAACUAACUUAAUGUUCUGUGUGCAGAGGGGAGGAGCCAGGACCGGUCUUGUCUGGUCCAAUCCGGUCAAGUCUUGUCCGAUACAGUCCGGACUGGUCUGGUUGGGUCUGUUUUGAGGUGUAUUGUAGAAAAGGACUCAGAGGUGAGAACAUGUAGACGAUCGGUGCUCCACUCAGGUCUCUGAACCCAAACUCAGCCGUUUCUCCACAUCUCCUUAUUCUAUUAGCACUGUGUGAACAUGAGAGGAGAGACGCUACAUCGCUACAUCGGUCCAGUGUUCAGAGGCUCAUAUAGCUCAUAUAGACUGAUUGGAGUGAAAGCCUGCAGUGUGGCCUCUUAGGACCAGAGCUGGAUGACCUCCAUGUGGCGUGACUGUCUGCACAGAGAAGCUUCUCUCUGGAACUACUCAUUCUGGUGUACUGGACUGACGUUAGGCACAGUGUGUAUCUGGAGUCACCCUGACAUAGGCCCUAUACUACAUGUCAUUACUGUGUGCUCUGGAAGGUUGCCACAGGAAGGAAAGCAAACAGAUAUAUGUUCUCGUACUACAAUUAUUUGUCCUGUUUCCUGUCUGAGAUAAGGUGACCACAAAAUGAAGAAGAAAUAGACAGAUGAUUUGACUGAACUGUACUGUAAGGAAAUAGUGUCCGCUGAUCUGAACUAAGUGCUUUUUAAAGUGAUGCCAUGUCUUUGUCAUGUCUCCCUCCACCUCUGAGACCUUUUGUUCCACUCUUCUGUGAAUUUCAACACACCAUGAUUGACCUUCACACAGCAACCAAGCCUGCUGUUCCUCACAGUGUAACCUAGCUUUAGAAGGUCUUUGACCUGUACUGGACAUUACAACCACACACACAGUGUUGAUGGUAUAUGUUUAAUUAUUAAUUUGCAAAACAAUUUGAAAUGACCUGUUUUCACCCCCGCCCUGCUUCAAUACAGUCAUGUUUAUGGCUAGAUGUACUCUUAUUGCUUGGCACUUAACCUCAGUAUUGUGGAGCUCAUGCUGCUCCAUUGCAAGCUCACCUCUGGGGCAGCCAGAUCAGGCUGAGGCCCAGGCCAUCCAUCCAUCCACUCUGACUGGAGGAUGUGGGCCUGGUGAAGAGACAGAGACUGUUGACUGCUCUGCUGCCCAGCCUCCCCUCACCCUCAGAGGGACCCAUAGCCUGCACUUCUGUGGACAACACAGUUUCAUUUAAGUCAAAUUGAAAUGUUAAAUAUGUAACGUUAUGUAUAAAUCUGCUAUAUGCCCAUAUUGCGCUUUUUUUCUUUCUAUGCUGCAGCUGCUGCAUAACUAUGCAUCUAGUGUUUUUCUUCUCCAAAGAUUGUCCAUAGAGUGGUUUCGUUGUUAUUAUAAAGGGGUGGUUAAACCCUGUCCUGUAGGACAGCAGACUGCUUUGGAUUUCAAUCAACUUUAUCAGAGAUCCAGGAGCGAGUUUGGCAGUCCACAUUAUGAUAGCAGACUAGGGAGAGCCACAGAGAAAUAGAAUAGAACAUUUGCUUUGCGAUAGAUAGAGGGUUUGACCAGCGAGAAUAGAGAAUUUGGUGACUAUGGGAGAGCUGUGACUUCCCCCUAGUGGAAGAGAUGCAGCACUGCAACAUUACUUGAAUUUUGUACAAGUAUUUAACCAGAAAUGGCACUUUUUCAUGACAUUAUCAAUGUUCAUUUUUGUCUUUGGUCAGUCAAAACCUCAAUGUGUUUGCUCGCAGAAAGAUUGAAUGAAUAACAAUAACCUCAGCAGGAUUGAUUGACACGUCCUUAGUUCAAAUCUAGCUCGUGUAUUUAGGUGAGGUGAUUGCAUUUUCAUUAGGUCAUAUUUUUAACUAUUUAGGGGAAGGAGAAGAUUUGUGUUUAGACCAAUUCUGUCUAAACAGUAUUUUUAUCGACACGAAUUGUAAUUGUCAAAAAACAAAUGAAUUGGCUCAUUGUUCAAAUGAUACCAAUUUAAGCACUAGUAAAAGUAAUUAUCUGGAAAUUGAAUUCUCUGGAACAUGAGUAGGUCAAAUCAAACAUUUCAGAAAAAUAACCACAUGCAUUUUGAUAAUUCAUUUAUUUGCAAACAAGUUUGUCCAACUUUUUAGAAGUACACCUGCUCACUUGUCUGAUGUCUCCUAUUCUCUGCUUGAUCAGGUUAAUGUGAUUCAAGACCCCAGGUGUAUACUGUACGUUAAAGCCAUACGCAGAUGUGCAAGCUCGCUCACUCCUGCAGGGAAUGGACAGAGAAGGGUCCUCUGGACUGAUACAGAAAUGAUUACUUAGAUAGAAUGAAUAGCUACGGAAAAUGCUUUAUAUACCAUAAAGCUAUAUUUUGUCUAUAUGUGUAUAUAUUUAUAAAUAUCUAUAAAUCCGUUCCGUGUUUCCAGUUAAUUUAGAGCAACAGGGAGACAAGUAGUUCAGUUAAAACUAUCUGAGCCAGGCCUGAUUCCAGUGUUACACUCAAUAGUUUCUUGGUGUUUGUCAAAAAAUUUAAUGUGCUUUUUACAUUGACCUCGAUUCUCUAAAAGCAAGUCUUCAAUCAACCAGCAUAAUACAAGGACCGCUAAGUCCUAACCCUCACCAGCUAACAGCUGUUCUAUAUGGGACCUGAAAACAGCAACAACAAAAAAAACGGGUUAUUAAACACAAAAGACAUGAAGCCCUCCAAAAUCUAUUUAUUGCUUAGCAACUUGUAUGUUCAACAACGUUAUCAGGAAACGCUGAGCUCAUGACACAAUCACAGAUUUCUUUGUCGAAUUCAGCAAAAUGUCAAGAAAAAACCCACUUGACAUAUAUUUUUGUAUAAAGGUAAUUUUAUCCCUUGCUUAUGUACUCUGUACCUGCCAUUUUCCUCCUGUGGGCUGUUGUAUACAUUGUUUGUGUAAAUGUUGAUUUAAAAUGGGGAAGAAAAAAAAGUGAGAAGAGUGGUUGCAGUGACACCCUGGUAACUGUCGCCUAUACUUUGCCUUUUCUGGCCUACCGAUACAAGAUGAGAUUGUCCUCUCAUUACAUUUUUGUCUAUUUUUAACGAGUUGGAAAACGUCAUCUGUUCUUUGUGGGUUAUUCUCCGAUAUUCUAUCUUUCAUGGAAAGACAAAAAUAUUAUUAAAAAAAUCUAAAAGUA